AUCGAUGCGAGCAGCUGUUCCUCUGCUCUCCUGAGAAGUUUCGAAGCGAAGUCUGUUUACAAUUAUCUAAUCAUAAAUUAAAACCAAGCAAUGUCCUGGCUUAGUGGCACAAUUCAAAAGCUGUGCAGGGCAACGCUCCUGUCGGCAGGCAGCAAUCCUCUGCCCGCGAUCUCCGCCACAUCCACAACGGUGCGCCAACUUUCCCAUGCCGAGCGACGAGCACGCGGUCCUACGGUGCGGCGCUACGGCUACAAGGACAAGAUCUUCAAGAGUGGCUUGCUGCCCCAUUUGGACAACGGACAGAAGCUGCCCAUGCCCGUCUAUAGGCCGAAGAACGCCUGGUCAGAGAAGCGCGCUCUGUUCGGCCAGAAUGACUACAUUGACAUUCUGGGCAACGAUCGACUGCACCCGGUGCGAGUUAUGUAUUCGGUGCCGUCCUGGUUGCGCGGUGUCUCUGGCAACGAGUACCAGGUGCUGUUGCGCAAGCGACAACUGCUGGAGAAGACCAAAUACCCGAUUGCACGGCCCACCAAGUGGAGGGACAUGCAGAAGCGGAUAUUGUAUCUGUACAAGUUCCUCAAUCGCAAGACCAAGACCGGCUACUCCAAACAGUAGCGUGGAAUGGUUGGAGCUCCCAUAAAAGUCGUAAUAAAGUGUUUUGUUAAAUUUGA